AUGAGAGCAGCACUCUGUGAGACUUUUGAUUACGAGUGGGGUGGACCUGGAGGCAACACUGAAAAUGGGGGUGUUGGUUCAAACACAGAUGUUUGUCUUAUAGAUCAGGCAUCAUGUGGCUGCUGUCUGAUGCAGCAGCAAAUCUACAGGAUGAAGACGUUUUUUAACGUGAGCUUCAACGAGCUGGAAAAAGAGCUGAUGAAAACAAAAAACAUCCUCAACAGUGUCAGAGCCAGCCGCAGUGCCUUCUCCGUCUCUCUGACUAAGGAGGACAGUUUGACCUGUUUUGGUCCGUUUCGUGGUGAAGACAGGCUUAUUGUCUACAAACAUGUCUUCAUCAACCUGGGAGACGGUUACAACGUGAACACUGGUGUCUUCACUGUUCCUCGCUCUGGUGUGUACAGCUUCGCCCUCACCAUCUACAGCGAUGCUGGGUCUCCUGCCAACAGCUUGGCUGCCUGCGCUGCCCUGCUGGUUAACAGCCAGGUGGUGGCAGGACCCAGCGAGAAAAAUACAGAAGAUCAAGAAGACAGUGCUACUGUUGUCAUCGCCUCACACCUGAAGGCUGGGGACAAGGUGUCGAUCAGCCUCCCAGCUGGAUGUUUCCUCUGUGAUGACAGCAACCACUAUAACACUUUCACCGGUUUCUUGCUGUUUGCUACUGACUAA